AUGGCAUCACUUAAAGAAUGGUUUAAUGCAGCUGUUAGCGGGGAAGAAUUUCGAUAUGACGACCUAAAAGAGCUUGUUCAUAUUGGUCGUGGAGCUUUUGGAGAAGUUUAUUCGGCGAAUUGUGUAUCUUUUAAAACUACUGUUGCAGUAAAAAAGGUCUUUCAAUCCUAUCUCGAGAAACAAGACGUCUUUGAUGCUUUUAUUAAAGAACUAAAAUUACAUAUAAAACUUGGUGAUAACAACAGGAUAAUCGAUUUUCUUGGCAUUAGCAAAG